UUCCAGCCCCAGCGCGUGCAUGUUUACUCGGCUGCCUUCCCAAGGGUGCCGAGCGCUCCUCCUCGCCAUGCAGCCUCCCUGCAUUUCAGGAGCUUUGAUUCCAGAUUAGCCAUUCGGCUGCCAACGGGGCUUCUGUUGCAACUUUGCGCCGGCGGACGCGCCCUGCCCAGGUGCCCUCUUGGAGCCCUCCCUGCAGGGCGGAGCCUGGCUACGGCUCCACUUUCUGGGUUGCUCCUGGGCGGCGGCACCUGCCUGGGUCUCGCUGGCCCGAGCCGCUGCCAUGCUGGCCGGCGCUGAAACCGGAGCGCGCCCGGUCCUGGAAGCCCAGACUCCCUGAAACUUUCCGUACUGCCAGCAUGUCCCACCGGCAUUCGGACCUAUCCUUGGCGGAAGAGGCCGUUCUUCUUGGGCACCAGCUAACGUCCGAGUUGCAGGUCAGCAGCACUGCGGUGACUCUGCAGGGAAAGCGCAGCGCCAUGGCGGCGCUGGAUAACGCUGCCUUUUCGGACGACCUCUCACCGCCUCCCACUGGGCCGCACCGGAUCGUCCUCAGCACGGAAAGCCCAGUUGCUCUGAAGGUGGGCACCCAGCAGCUCAUCCCCAAAAUCCUGGCCGAGUGCCCCCAAGCCAAGACCCCCGCCCGGCACCAGAGCUUCUCAGCAGCCGUGCCCAGCAAAGAGGCAUCCCGGUGCAACCCAAAGCGCUUGUCGGCUCCCAGCAUUUCUUUCGAAGAGCUGGAGGAGGAGUUGGGCGGGGCGACGCUGAAACGCAACCUCCGCAACAUGUCCUACCGGGCAGCCAUGAAGGGCUUUGGGAACGCCGAAGCAGCCGAGACUCCCAAGUUCAGCAGUACCUUGAAGCCACUAACAGAAGAAGCCAACGGUCAGAGAACCCGGAGCCCCGGCCGAAAUAAGAAAACGUUUGGGCGCAGGCGGAUGCAGCGGCAUGGGGGAUCUUUCAAGGAUGACCCCCGCUUGUAUCAAGAGAUCCGAGAAAGAGGCUUGAACUCAAUCAGCCAUGAGUCAGAUGAUGACCUGCUAGAGGUGGAAACCAUUCCUGAGGAGCCUCCAGCUGCGGAUUCGGUCAUCGUGGUGAGGAAUUAUCGGCCUGCCAACGUCACCUGGAGCCAACUCCCUGAGGUUCAGGAGGGCGGCAUCUUGGAGCUCAUCUCCCCCGAAGAACGCAAGAGGCAGGAGGCCAUUUUUGAGAUCAUCACUUCUGAGUAUUCCUACAUGCGCAGCCUGGACAUUCUGGUAACCCACUUCCUGAAGUCUGAGGAACUCAAGGAGACCAUGACGCAGACUGAGCACCACCAUCUCUUCUCCAACAUUGUGGACAUCCUGGCGGCCAGCAAGAGUUUUUUUGAGGACUUGGAAAAAAGGCAUCAAGAACAUCUCCUGAUCCCGGACAUCAGUGAUAUCCUGGAGGAUCAGGCAACCAACCAUUUCAACCCGUACGUCAUCUACUGUUCCAAUGAGGUCUACCAGCAGAGGACCCUUCAGAAGCUGUUAGCCGCAAACCCGGCCUUUAGAGACACAUUGAAACAGAUCGAGCGGAAGCCGGAGUGCGGCAGCCUGCCCUUGAUCUCCUUCCUCAUCCUCCCUAUGCAGAGGGUGACUCGCUUGCCUCUGCUGAUGGAUCUUGUGAAACAAUGCAACGAGGGGGCUCACACCAUGGAGAGGACAGAGCAGAUGUACACACUGCAGAAACAGCUGGAGUUUGGGAAAAUCAAGAACUUUCCCCUAAUUUCUGCUUCCCGCUGGCUCCUGAAGAGGGGGGAGCUUGCCCAACCCUUGGCGGAGGAAGGCGGAAUUUUCCGGAAGGGUUCUGGACGCGGGAACUGCUAUCUCUUCGUCUUUAAUGACGUCUUGAUCAUCACCAAGAAAAAGAGCGAGGAAUGCUAUGUGGUUCUUAACUAUGCCAUGCUGGAUCAGAUAUCAGUGGAAAAAAUCGAGAACCCCGAUGUUCCCUCUUCUCCCCCUGGCAAGCUGGGAUCGGUUGGCAUUCCCCGCAGCGGCCACCUGUUCCGGGUGAUCAUGAAUAAGGCCAGUGAAGGCAAGCGAGAGGAGAUUGUGCUGGCCGCGGAAUCCCCGAGCGAUCGUGCCCGCUGGAUCACGGCUUUGAUGCACCAGGAAGAAAAGGAGAAGGAUACGGCGGAUAAAGGAGGUCUCAAACAAGUGGAGAUAACCAGAGCUUACCUGGCCAAGCAGACGGAUGAAAUCUCCUUGCAACAAACCGACGUGGUGCUCGUCCUUCUCCAAGAGGAUGGCUGGUAUUUAGGAGAGCGCCUGCGUGAUGGAGAGAGAGGCUGGUUUCCGCAAGCCUGCGCCCAGGAGAUCACCAAUCGCAGUGCUGUACAGCGCAACGUCCAGCGCAUGGAACGGCUGCGCAUAGAAACGGACGUUUGAGCUGACAUUUCUUGCCGCUGAAAAUUCUUAGGAUAUGACAUCUUCAGCUGGGCCAGAGACAGCAAAACGGCUCGUGGUCCACCAAACUGAAAAACUUUCUCCUGGUUUGGAAGAGGAAACUUCUUCCAUGUUUUGGAUCAGGUUUGCAAGGGAGCCAUCAUCCAAAGAGACAGUAGCCUUUUGGCCUGGCGGAUGCACCUUGUUUAGUAAGGAGUCAGCAAAUCAGCAGUCCCGUAGCCAAAACCAGACACUCCCUCCUGAGCUGCCAGUUCCAAAGGCAACCAUUGUAUGAUCAGCAUCUGGGACAAGAUAGUUUGCUGGCAGAUGGUUUGGAGAGGUGGGUACCUUAUGCUGCCCGUCCCCACUCUACAACCAGUCAGGGCUCUAAGAGAAUCGUCUUCUGGAUCAAACCACUCUUUGAUGGGCAUUUUAGUCAACCUCUGUGGGACACGGGUGAUAAACCCAAAGCAGACCUGCUUGUUGACUGGAAAUGUGCCCUCUCUGCAGAUGUCAGGACCCGGAGGGGGCCUCUCUGCCUCCUUUUUUAUGCCACCCUCUGUCAUCAACAGGGUGAGGCUGUCCUGCAGCUGUGGUUUCCCUGUGCUAGCUGUGGUGACCCCAGAGAACAGCUGGAUUUUUUUUUAAAAGGCACUGCAAUUUUAUCAAGGAGCUGCCACCCAGCCAGCUGCAUGGAAUGUGGACGAAUGGAACAGUGCCACGUUUGGGCGUAGAUGAGCCAGUGCGAUUGAGCCAAGGGUGUGUGCGCGAUUUUCACGGCCCAACUGUAAUUAAUAUGGUUGAUGUUAAUAGCUAAUUUUGCCUAUAUCAGCUGCUGGUACACAGCGGCAUCGGGAAGACAGUGUGCCAGUUUGACACUUCCAAGGGCAGCUUGUGUUUUACUUUGGACGCCAUUCCAGAUUCCUGAAAUUGCAUCUAGCCUGUCUGUGGAAAAUGGUAAGAGGAACCUGCUUGGGGG